AUGGACGAGGUCGACCUUGAGGCCGGGCACACCCCGCCGACGGUGGCACCGGCGGUGCCCCCGCCCGCCACCGCGACGACGAGCAACAAACCCUCGCGCUCGCGGCCGCAGAAGCGCCGCGGCGGCUGCUGCCGCCGCCUGGCCUGCUGCGCGCUGUUCGCCGUGGCGGCCGUCGCCGUGCUGGUGGGUACCGUCGCCGGCCUGUACUUCGCGCUGGACCCGAAGCUGCCCCGGUACACGGUGAGCGCGCUGAAAGUGACGGCGUUCGGCAUGGACGACGAACUGACGGCGCGCGCCCGGUUCGACGCGUCGGUGCGGUUCGAGAACCCGAACCGCGCCAUCGGCAUCCUCUACGAGGAGGGCUCCAGCCUCACCGUGUGGUUCCGCGGCUACCGCCUCUCGGAGGGUGCGUUCCCGGCGUUCUACCAGGGCCACAGCGACAUGGCGCUGGUGCACGUCACCAUGAGCGAGGCGCGGCUUCGCGGCACGGGCGUGGUGGAGGCGAUGCGGCACGUGAACGGCGCCGGCGGGGAGCUGCCGCUGGUGUUCCGCGGCGAGGUGCCCGUGCGGGUGAAGGUGGGGCGCCUCACCACCGCCAAGGUGACGCCCAGCGUCAAGUGCGACCUGGUGCUCGACAGGCUCAGAACCGAGGGCAGCGUCGGCAUCAAGAACAUGACCUGCAAGUUCAGCAUGAAGCUCUGGUGA